AUGCCAUCGAGCGCAUCUUCACCCACAAACUCUGUAGCUUCUUCUUCAUCGGGGUGGUCUUCUUCCUCGCGUACUCAAAGCCUUUCGGAAGAGGAGGAUCACGAAGAAAUGAUGAGUAUGUAUGGAAAACGAUCAUCAUCAUUGAAAGGAAAUGUCCCUCAACAACAACACUAUGAUGAUGGGACACGAUGUAGGAAUUGUGGAGCUUCAUUGGAAUUUGUUGAUUCGGAUGGUAUUUAUGGUGAUUGCUGUACGGAAUGUGGAACAAGUAUUUCAUCAUCGGUUGGUUUUCAAACUAGCUCUAUUUUCAGAGAAGAGAUUGAGUUUGAUAAGGAUGAUUCUACGAAACUUGGUCGUCAUGUUUCCCAUGAUGAAGGAUUGAUCGGUGCGUAUAUUUUUGCCACAGCAGAAGAUCCUAAUUCUGUCAUUCAGGGAUUGAGUUCCAAAGCUCAAGCUCGAUUACAACGUCAAAUAUCGGCCAAGCACAAAGCCGAAACACGAGCACAAAAACUUUUAGCUGCUCUGAAUGUUCCACAACGAUAUUUACCAGAGGUAAUGGAUCUAGUUUGUAAAAUGGCAGAACGACCGAAUGAUGAGAUUGGAAAAAAGACAACUAGGAAAUUACAUAGUAAUGAUAUAGUAGAAGACACAGCAGACAACAAUUCCAUAAUUUAUAAUUUAAAUACAGGCGAACAUGUGCUAGAUCAAGACGAGGAUGAUUUAGAGGUUGAUUUUAAUGAUGAAGCUACCUCUCCAUCCAAAGAAUGUAAGCUUGAAUCUAGUGAAGAAAACAGCCCCGAAAGAAUUUUUGAUUUACCGGAUUAUUCUAACACUAACGCGUCACCUUCUAUUGAAGGUCAACGUGAACAUCACAUGGCACUUCUCAAAGAAAAGUUUAAGACAACUCUCUACUCUAACAAGACAUCUAAUACUCAAGAGCAAGCUAAGGAAACGGAGGAUUCAACAUCUGCAAAAUUAUUACGAUAUACACGAACAAAGUGGAUAGACGGGAUUAUUUGUGGAUCGAUAUACGUUGUUUGUCGACGUGCUAAAUUACCACUUACUCUUUUAGAUCUUUCAGAGGUCACAGGAUACAGUAUUUUUGAGCUGGGAAAGAAAUACAAAGCAAUUUGCCAUAAUUUUGGAAUUCAAGUCGAUCCUCUCGAUCUAGAGGUGUUGUGUGAUAGAAUGACCAAUGAAUUUGAAGAUUUUUUUUUAAAUACAAAUGGUAAUGUGGACAUGAAAAAGAAAACAGAUGUAAACUUGAGAAUGAGACGCAUCAUUAGAGUAGCCAUCAAAGAAUGUCUAGAUACCGGACGUCGACCGGUAGCUCUUGUUGGAGCUGCUCUGAUAAUGGCCAUGCAAUCAUGCUCUAUCAAAUUAACCUGUCGGGAAGUUGCAGAAUUUACACACACAGGUGAAAAUACGAUACGAGAAAGAUAUAAGGAAUUGAAACAGUUAUUACUUAAUCUUUCAAAAGAAUUACCUUUCCAUCACGAAAUUUGUGCCAAAGACGUAUCAUUUAAUCGAUAUUUAUCCUUUAUAUUGGAACAUGUAGAAGCGCUCAGAGAUUUACAUCGAACGAAAACAGAACUCGAUCCAGAUUCUCCUACACGUCUUUCUGAUACAUCGUCGACCUCUUUUUCCACUGUAAAAUCUGAAGACCCUUCUCAGAUCAUACCUCAAGAGGUUCUCAAAUCUAGUCUGCAACGACUUGACACCAUGACAAAAGGAAAACUAUCCAAAGAAAUUGCAUUAAUUAAUUCACAAAUUUCCGAAUCUUUACCUCCCUCAUUCAUUAUAUCUCAGCUAUGUAAAGAAAAGAGAAGAGAAGCUGUGCGGCUUGCCAAGCAACGAAUUCAGCAAUCAAUGACGAAUAAUUUAACAAAACAGGAGGAUGACAAAAAAAGCUUAACAACUUCACCAGUUUCAGCAGAAGUUUUAGAAAUGGAAAAGUUACUUCUUGAGGGUGUGCCCGAAGAGGCUCUUAUUUCUGGACAAAGGCACACGAGCUCGAUACCGUAUUACAUUGGGAAAGAAGGCGUAGAUACAAGUGAAGAAUUAACAGAUAUGGAUAUGUCACAACAAGAACUAAACUCUAUGAUUCGGAGUAAGGAAGAGGUUGAAAUUAUGAUGGCUAUUCGAUCUGAACUUGGCGACGACGUGGAUGCUGAACUGUCUAUCAAACAAGCUCAAAAGAAGAGAAAAAAGGAAGAAGAGGAAUCGGCAACAGUCUCCUCAAAGCUAAUGAAUCCCUCGAAGAAAAAUAAAAAGUAG